UGUGUAUGUGGGUCUCUCUCCCUCCCUCACACACUCGCCGUCUCUCCUGGGAUCCUCGCGUCCCCUUCACCGGCAGCAGGCUCCCCCCACACAGCAGUCACCAUUUCCGCCCCCGGGAGACCCACGCUGGCAGCGCAGCCCCUUCCCCGGCUCAGCAUCGGGAGGAAGACCCUGGUGGCGGCCGCCGUGGGGGUCAUGCUCGUCCUGGUGCUGGUCGUCCUCAUCCCUGUGCUGGUGAGCUCCGUGGGCACCGAUGCCAGCCACUAUGAGAUGCUGGGCACCUGCCGCAUGGUGUGCGACCCCUACCUGAACAAGGGCACCACCACCAGCGCCAGCAGCAUCCGGGCUGAGGCCGAGGCCCUGAGCGACCACAGCGUCGUGCCCCCACCGUCCACCCUGGUGCACGGCCCCCAGGGGAAGCCCGGGCGGCCGGGAAAGCCCGGACCCCCCGGGCCACCUGGGGAGCCUGGGCCUCCGGGACCCAUGGGCCCUCCUGGAGAAAAGGGGGACACUGGGAGGACUGGGAUACUAGGCCUGGGGGGAAAUGGAGCUAUCAGCACGGCCACUUACACCACCAUCCCCCGGGUGGCUUUUUAUGCUGGACUUAAGAACCCACACGAGGGUUACGAGAUUCUCAAGUUCGAUGAUGUGGUCACCAACCUGGGCAACAACUAUGACGGAACCUCGGGCAAGUUCAUCUGCAACAUCCCAGGCACUUACUUCUUCAUCUACCACGUGUUGAUGAGGGGCGGCGAUGGCACCAGCAUGUGGGCAGACCUCUGCAAGAACGGCCAGGUGAGGGCCAGUGCCAUCGCCCAAGAUGCAGACCAGAAUUACGACUACGCAAGCAACAGUGUCAUUCUCCACCUGGAUGCAGGCGAUGAGGUCUACAUCAAGCUGGAUGGGGGCAAGGCCCAUGGAGGCAACAACAACAAGUACAGCACCUUCUCUGGGUUCAUCAUCUAUGCUGACUAAAAAGAAGUAACGGAAGGCUUCCUGACCAGAGCGCUUUUUCAGAUUCUGUCUCUCUCUCUCUCUUUCUCUCUCUCUCCCUCUCUCUCUCUCUCUCUCUCCCUCUCUCUCUCUCUGUUUUUCUUGAUAUCUUCUUUCUGAAAAUUGACUCUUUUUGUCCUGAGGGUGCAGAGGAAGCUGUGAGUGGCACCCACUCUACGUGCUGGUGUUUUUACCCAGUCAGAUAUGCUGACAUUUUUGUUUUGAAACUACUUUGCUGGAUUGAAAAAAGCCGACCUUGUAUCUCUUGCAGAAAGGACAUGGGCCUCCCAAUCCAAUCUUGAUCGACUUGCCAGAGAUUCCUGCCUUGCUGUCCUAUACCCCCUUCUUAGCAUAUCAGUAUUUUCCUUUGUUCCAAAAUGUAAAAUAAGGAUGUGCAAAAAUCAUUGCAGUCAUUGCUUUGUGAAUCCCUUCUUUAGAAUCUUAUGAGAAAUUGCCUUUGAAGGCAUAGGCAUGCUUUGUGAGUGAGAAGUAGAUGAAGGGGCACCACAUUGCUGAAAACAGACGAUGUUGGCAUGUUGACAUACGAAAGCCUCAGAUCAUGAAAAAACUGGUAUUUAAAUGUUCUUUCAAAUGGCUGUUCUGAUUUUCACACUGAGCACAUUGCCACUUGGUGGUUGCAUUUGUCCUUGAUGUUUUCUUUGAGUGCAAUGCCUGCCAUAAGCACAUGGGGCCAAACAUGUGGUUAAAUGUUGUUUAUGCAGGUUGUUUCUAACAGGAGAACAUAGUAGUCCACUUGUUCAGCACUAAAAAACAUACCUCUUCUGUCAGCACUCCCUACCUUCUGUCCCUGUCUCAUCUGCCUGUUGUUGAUGGAUUACUGUAUCAGUUUGAUGGGAAACUCCAUGUAUGUCAUGUAAUAUAAUUUUAUCUAGCAAUCCUCAGCAUUAUGUCUUGCGCUACUGUAAUUUGUAUCAGGCUUCAGUGUGGUAAUGGCACAUGAAAUUGGUGGUAAACUUAAUCUUUCAUCUGUUAUUAAAACUCUCAGUUGACUGUUUAAUAGCCAUCAUUCUCAAACCAUAUGCCAAACAGGGCAAAGGUCUUCAACCAGUUAUCCUAAGCCACAGAGAAAAGUUUCAUGUUGUUCAUUUACUCAAUGGGUAGUCAUUGAAACUCAUGCCUUAUCGUAAUACUCACUUAACCUCCUAACUGAUAUCCAAUUUGAGCUCCUUAGCGAGAACAUUGAGCUGUAGACCUGUGUUGAUUAAAGGCCACAGACUCCACUAUAGUUAAGUUGAUCAAUGACACAUGUUAAGGGUACAUUUAGGGGUACAGGACGUUGCAUUAUUGAGAUUGUUGAAAAAUGUCAGCAUGGAUGUGCAUGUGCCAUUACUACCCCUGUCAUUUUAUAAGAGAUCCUUUGCUUCAAACAAUCAAAUACAUCUUCAUCAGCCAAUGAGAUUGCAGUGAGUGGGGAAAGGAGCCUUACUGAAUGCAGAAACAGAU